AUGGCGUCGCUGACCGAGAUCUUUGGUCAAGGCAAUAACGCCUACUUCUCGAACGGUCCAAUAACUCGACUGUCCUUUCUUCGCCUUCAGUAUGAUUUGCUGGACAAAGCAUCCACGCAUGCCAGCGCCAAGUACCUCACCUUUGAGGAGCUUAAUCCACUGAGGACUACUGAUGGGAAUCUGGCGUUCCUGGGAUACAACGAUGUAGCAGAUGCUAUCGGUAGGCCUUAUGAGAAAAAUGAGAAAGCACAGAUUGCCGAGUUCGACCCUGCUGCCCAUCAUCCCACGCUCAUCUUUCUCGGUCUAGAUCUUCAACCCUCAGAUGAUACACCUGCGGUACUUGGCAGCUACUCUGGCGUGCCUUAUUUUGCGCUUGAUGUCACCGGCGGCCAUUACACGACUUUCAAAGGAAGCAUUGCCUCAAGCGGCCACAAGUUCUCUCCCACUAGGGUGGAUCUCACACUCUCUCACCCAGAAUCUGCCAUAUACAGCCAUGCCAGAUCGUUCCUAGACUGGAACAGCCGGAACCGGUUCUGCUCCAGCUGCGGAGGUCGAACGCUGUCAACUCAUGGCGGAGCUAAGGUUGUAUGCCCUCCAGCUGAUCAAGGCGUCCCUCGGCAGCGAGCCUGUUCUACCAGGGUCGGUCUACACAACCAGGCAUUUCCCCGAACGGAUCCCACUGUAGUCAUUGCCCCGAUCUCUGCAGAUGCAAAACGCGUGCUGCUAGGUCGUGGCAAACGCUGGCCAGAGAACUAUUUCUCCUGCUUAUCGGGCUUUGUGGAGCCGGGGGAAAGCCUAGAGACAGCAACACGCCGCGAGGCGUAUGAAGAGACGGGCGUUCGCAUAGAUCGAGUCCAGCUCCAUUCGUCACAACCGUGGCCAUAUCCCUCGACUAUGCUGAUAGGUGCAAUGGGCCAAUGUGUCGAAGGCGGGGAGGAUAUCACUUAUCCAGAGACCGAGUUGGAGGAAGCGAGAUGGUUUGAACUUGGAGAGGUUGAACAUGCGCUCAAUAACGGGGCUAAUGCGAUGUGGCACCCACCGAUCAAGGGAUAUGUUGGACCUCGAGUGCCUCCUGCACAGCUCAUGGCUCAUCAGGUGCUGAAGGGGGUAUUGAGGCUCUUCCACAAGUAG